AUGUCCUUUUGUGGCCGGAAACCCGCGUGGAGAAAAUUAGCCAGAGCGCCCUGUUGCUCAGCAGCGGGAGCGGCCCUGCUGUGCUUCUCUGACACUUGGUGUGUCCUGGUGGUGUCCAUCAUUGAACAGCUUGCUCAGGUGCACAACUCUACGGUCCAGGCUGCCAUGGAGCGACUGUGCAGCUACCUGCCAGAAAAACUGUUCUUGAAAACUACUUGCUAUUUGAUGGUUCAGAUAUAUGGAUCAGACAUCAUAAAACUGCUUAGCGCAGAUAUGAAUGUUGAUGUGGUGUGCCACACUCUGAAGUAUUGUAAACAGAACACUGGCCAAGAAUUGUGUCAUCUGUACCCAUCUCCCAAGGAAGCAUGGAAAUUGACACUCCAGAAGGCAAAAGUCAUCAUUAAAGACUCCAAGACUCCGAAAUAUGCUAGAAGUGAUUCUGGCAUUUGUUCGCUUCCAUUUUUGGCCAAGAUCUGUCAUGAAAUUAAAUCAGCUAUAGAUAAUUCUGUGCCAUUCAAAGAUGCAGAUUUGGACAAACAUGGCAUUUUCCCAACACUCCGGGGCUAUCAUUGGCGAGGACAAGACUGCAAUGACCAUGAUGAGAUGGUGUAUCCAGGCAGAAGGCCAGAAAAUUGGGAUGCUCAUCAGGAUUCGAACUGUAAUGGCAUUUGGGGUAUUGAUCCAAAAGAUGAAAUACCAUAUGAGAAGAAAUUCUGUGAAGGUUCACAGCCCAGGGGAAUCAUCUUACUGGGGGAUUCAGCGGGGGCCCAUUUCCACAUAGCUCCGGAAUGGAUCACAGCCUCGCAGAUGACUCUGAACUCCUUCCUCCAUUUACCAGCAGCUCUUUCUGAUGAGCUUGACUGGCCCCAGUUCUCUGGUGCUACUGGAUUUCUGGACUCCACUAGCAGGAUUAAAGACAGUUCUCUUUACCUCCGUUUACGGAAAAGAAACCGUUGCAAUCACAGAGACUACCAGAAUAUUUCCAAAAAUGGUGCAUCUUCCCAGAAUCUGGAGAAAUUUAUAGAAAGCUUGUCCAGGAACCAACUGUUGGAUCACCCAGCCAUUGUCAUAUAUGCCAUGAUUGGAAAUGAUGUGUGCAAUGGGAAGACUGACCCAGUCCCAGAGAUGACCACUCCUGAGAAAUUGUACUCCAAGGUCAUGCAGACUCUGAAAUAUCUCGAUUCCCGCCUGCCUAAUGGCAGCCAUGUUAUUUUCUACGGUUUAGCAGAUGGAACGUUUCUCUGGGAUCACUUGAACAACAGAUAUCAUCCUCUCGGCCAGCUAAAUAAAGAUGUGACCUAUGCACAGUACUACACCUUCCUCAGCUGCCUCCAGGUCAGCCCCUGCCAUGGCUGGAUGUCUGCCAACAAGACGCUCAGAGCUCUCACUUCAGAGAGAGCAGAACAACUCUCCAAUACGCUGAGAAAAAUUGCAGCCCAAGAGAAAUUUACAAGCUUCAAUCUCUUCUACAUGGAUUUUUCCUUCCAAAGAAUAAUAGAGGAAUGGCAGAAGAGAGGUGGACAACCAUGGCAGCUCAUCGAGCCCGUUGAUGGAUUCCACCCCAAUGAGGUGGCUUUGCAGCUGCUUGCAGAUCAGUUCUGGAAGAAGGCACAGCUCCAGUGGCCUGAGGUCCUGGGAAAGGAGAAUCCAUUCAACUCCCAGAUUGAGCAGGUGUUUGGAGAUCAAGGCGGGCACUGA